AUGAGAUUAACGAAGGUUUCAUCGUUGGGCCUAGUAAUGGCUGCCAAUUUGGCAUCGGCUUUGCAAUACACUUUCCACCUUGUGGGUAACAUCGGAGGAACAGACUACUACUUGUCGCCUGUCGCACUCAAUGAAGGGAUGGUGUUGAUGCCAGAAAACGAGGGGUUCCAACCAACCUGGUUUAAGCUCGACGAAGAAGUCAACUUGGUGACUGUGGAUGACGAGACCGCCGUUGUUGCGCAUUUCGACGGCGACCCGUACUUGAAAUUGAUAAACAUCGACGAUGCCGGGCUAGCUUCUUAUCGUCAAUGGGAACUUUUAGAUGAAGGGGAAGAGGUUCCAGAAGGGAUUGGGUAUGUCGCGCCUUUAUUUGCUUGUGGAGCUACGCCCCCUUACGCUGUUGCGCUUUUGGAAUUGUCUGGAUGCAUAGAGGUUCAACUUCGCCGUGCCGACCUUUGGCUUCCUGAAGAGUCGGAGCCAACCGAGGAACCACCAGUACCUGAAACAACCGAGGAGCCACCGGUGCCAGAGGAGACUGAAAUUACAACUGAGCCGGAACCAAGUGACACCACAGCUGAGCCAGAACCAACUGAUACCACGACUGAGCCGGAACCAACUGAUACCUCGACUGAACCGGAACCAAAGCCAGAAACUAGCGAAGAACCAACAGCCACCAGCCAAACUGCAGCAACAAGCGGCACUGAUGAACCAUUGCUUCCAAGCAGCGAAGUUGACCCUUCUAAACCAUUUGUGUUUGUUGCUGUUGUCGAUGGACAGCUUGUGGCUUUACUGUCUAACGGCACACACAUCAAGGUCCUCGAUGGGGAAGAUGUUAUCUUUGUGAUUGAAAAUGGGUACCUCAGAACGGGAGGCGAAUACGUUCAAGUAGGAGCCAAUGGCAAGUUGUUCCUCACAUCAUUGGAAGAAGCCACCGGCGGCUGGGACAUCGACUUCAACAUGCUCACAUUCGAUGCGAUCUUGGGACGCCGCUCGCUCAUGAAACGACAAGAGGCGGUUGUGUUGUCCAUCUGUCCUGCUGAGAUUGGGUAUACUGUUCACGUGGGUGAUGUUGAAGGAUGCACCGUUAUCGAGCCUGUUGCUGUCAACGUUGACGAUGAGAUUGUUGAGACGGAAACCGUAAUCCAGACCUCCGAAGAGCCAUUGACCACCGUGACACCAGAGGAAGUCGAGACAACCACAGGAGAUCCAUUGACCACCGUGGCACCAGAGGAGGUCGAGACAACCACACUUUACACUACGUCAACCAUAGAAGUGGUUGUUACCGUUACCGACUGCGAGGAAGACGUCACUUGCACCGAACGAGUAAUCACCAGCCAAUCUGAGGUUGUAGUCCCCACCACGAUUGACCAUGUUGUCACCACUUACCCUACUGAAGUCACCAUCACGGUGACCUCUUGCGUGGAAGAGGAAGUUUGCAGCGAAGUAGUCACCGUCCGAAGAACCGUGAUUACCACUUACUGUCCCGUGUCAUCCACAGUCGAGACUCAAGUUAUCCCCGUCGCCACCGAGGUUACCGUUGCCGUGACCACUUGCCCAGGGGAGCAAGAAUGCGGCGUGAGUACCGUUUUGGACACUACCACAUACACCACGACCACGGUUACUUCUUACUCGGUUGUCACUGCAGCAGGCCAAGCAGGAGAUAGACCAGGGGAACCAGGUGCCGCAGCACCAGGUGUUGCAGAGGGAAAACCAGGCGAGCAAGGGGAACCAGGUGCCACAGCACCAGGCGUUGCGGAGGAGCAACCAGGGGAACAAGGCGAACAAGGUGCCACUGCACCAGGCGAAACAGAUGCGGAAACCAUUGAUGCGCUUCAAAACAGCGCAGUUGGUAAGCUUUUCAACUACAAGAUUUUGGCAGCUGCAGGUAUAGCUGCGCUUGUACCAUUGUUUGCUUGA